UUUUGUGUUUAAAUUUUGCACCGAAUUUUCGUGUAAUGUUGGCGUGACUGUGCGUUUGCGCAAAGGUGGCCAUUUUUUGUCAUUGUUUUUUCACACGUGAACGUGGUUGGUGAGGUUAAUUAGACAAAGUGGUGUUAAAAAGUGAUAAUGGCUGAUGUAACCGAUGAGAAACUAUCAAAGAACGAGCUGAAACGUCGCUUAAAAGCCGAACAAAAAGCCAAAGAAAAGGCUGAGAAGGUGGCUCAACAGCCGGUCGAAACCAAACCCAAAGUAAAGAAAGAGUCGGAGGAGGACAUCAGUCCGAAUGAGUACUUCAAGCUGCGCACCCAAACGGUGGCAAAUCUUAAAUCGCUGGGGGGCGACAACCACCCGUACCCCCACAAAUUUAACGUGUCGAUAUCCUUGCAGGAUUUCAUCGAGAAAUACUCGGGUCUCAAGGAUGGGGAAGUGGUCGAGAAGGAUAAAUUAAGUGUUGCGGGACGCGUCCACGCAAUUCGGGAGUCAGGGGCUAAGUUGAUUUUCUACGACUUGAGGGGCGAAGGCACCAAGUUGCAAGUGAUGGCAACGGCGCGGAAUUACGGUGACGAGGCGAAGUUUGCCGAAGAUACGGGAAAAAUCCGUCGGGGGGAUAUCAUCGGUGUUGAGGGCGUUCCCACAAAGACGAAAAAAGGAGAGUUGUCAGUGAUGCCAACCAAAAUCAAGCUGCUGUCUCCGUGUUUGCACAUGUUGCCACAUUUGCAUUACGGGCUUAAGGAUAAGGAGACUCGGUUCAGGCAGCGGUAUCUCGAUUUGAUUUUGAAUAGUCGGGUCAGGGAAAUUUUCGAAAUUCGGGCCAAAAUUAUUUCGUACACGCGCCGGUUUUUCGACGAAUUGGGGUUCUUGGAGGUUGAGACGCCAAUGAUGAAUAUGAUUGCAGGCGGGGCGACUGCCAAGCCUUUUAUAACGCAUCAUAACGAGCUCAAUAUGGAUUUGUUUAUGAGGGUGGCCCCCGAAUUGUAUCUCAAAAUGUUGGUAGUGGGGGGCCUGGACCGUGUUUAUGAAAUCGGGCGUUUGUUUCGGAACGAAGGAAUCGAUCUGACGCACAAUCCCGAAUUCACGUCGUGCGAAUUUUACAUGGCUUAUGCCGAUUAUCAUGAUUUGAUUGCAAUCACUGAAGCCCUUAUCUCCGGAAUGGUGAAGAGCAUCCACGGGAGUUAUAAAAUCAAGUAUCAUCCAGAAGGUCCCGAGGGAGAGGAGGUCGAAGUUGAUUUCACUCCACCGUUCAAGCGAAUCCCCAUGAUUGCAACUCUGGAGGAGAUCCUCAAAGUGAAAUUCCCGUCAGCUGAGAAUUUGGGUUCCGAUUCAACGAACAAGUUUUUGAGUGAUCUUUGUACAGCGCAUAAUAUCGAGUGUCCUCCGCCGAGGACCAGUGCGAGAUUGCUGGAUAAGUUGGUUGGGGAGUUUAUUGAAGAACAGUGUGUUAAUCCAACUUUUAUCACCGAACAUCCGCAAAUUAUGAGCCCGCUUGCAAAGUGGCACAGGUCCGUGCCGGGUUUGACCGAACGUUUCGAGUUGUUUGUGAUGAAAAAGGAAAUUUGUAAUGCUUACACUGAACUAAAUGAUCCGAUGGUGCAAAGACAGCGGUUUGAAGAGCAAGCAAAAGACAAGGCUGCCGGUGACGAUGAGGCGCAAUUAAUUGAUGAAAAUUUCUGUACGGCACUGGAGUAUGGUUUGCCCCCGACGGGAGGCUGGGGCAUGGGGAUCGACCGAUUGACCAUGUUCUUGACCGAUAAUAACAACAUCAAGGAGGUUUUGUUGUUCCCAGCGAUGAAACCUGACGACCCCAAUAGGAAUAGAGAGGAGGAGGAGAAAGAAAAUGUGUAAUUUUAUUAUUUAUUGCUGAAUAAAAACAUGAAACUGGA